AUGGAAGGACCUUCACACCCUCGCGAACGUCAUCUCGUUCACAGUCAUGCUCACGAGGAAGACCUACCAGGAACGGUAAAUCUUCAGGCUCUCGAAGGCGAUGACACAGCAUAUGGCCAAGCUCUCUAUCCGGUACCUAGCGAGGACCCCAACGAUCCACUACAAUGGUCGAAUUCCAAGAAGACGAUGAUCUUGAUCAUUGUAUCACUCUACUCGUUCCUCGGCAACAGCGCACUCGUAGGACCAUCAGUGUAUCUCGAGAUUUAUGCUGAGGAAUUCGGCAUUUCUGUUACUGAGGCGUCAGGACUGGUGUCUUAUCCCAAUCUGGUCUUCGGAUUCGGCUCGUUGUUGCUCGUUCCUGCAUAUCUGAAGUUCGGUCGACGUCCGAUAUUGCUGUUGUCUUUGCUCAUGUUCGUAUUUGGCCUUCUUGGCGCAGCUCAAGCUACUUCUUAUGGAGGCCUCAUGGCUGCUCGAAUCAUCCAUGCACUUGGCUCUGGUGUCUGCGAAGCUCUUCCCGUUCAACUCGUCAACGAUAUCUUCUUCCUCCACGAACGCGGCAAGAGAUUGGGCUACUACACUGUAUGCCUGUGCUGGGGCUCAACUGGACCUCUAUACGCCGGGUAUAUGCUUGCGGCAGGAUACUCUUGGAGACUGUACUUCUACGUCGAAUUCGCCUUUGCAUGUGCACUUCUCAUCCUCGCUUUCAUCUUCGUCGAGGAGUCUGCCUAUAAACGCGUCGUUGUGGUUACACCGACACCAGACUCUGAUGGCGAAAAGGGACACACUGAACACGUGGAGGUCAUCACAAUGGCACCACCAAGAAGAUCCUGGCUCCAGACUCUCAAGCCAUGGAGUGGGGUCGAUCACGAAGCUGAAUUCUUCAUGACCAUGCUUCGCUCAUUCUCAUAUUUCCUGGUUCCUUCCGUCCUCUGGGUGGUAACCAGUUUCGGUAUCUACAUCGGUCUCGGCGCCCUAACCUUCAACUACACCUUCCCCAUCAAAAUCGUCGCACCACCUUACAACUGGAACCCUAACAACAGCGGCCUCAUCGCUUUGGGAAACAUAAUCGGAUACGCCCUCGCCGUGCCCUUUGCCUCUUCCUCCGACCGCAUAGCCGCUUGGCUCACCUCCCGCAACAACUCCAUCCGCGAAGCCGAAAUGAGACUAUGGGUGCUACUGCCAGUCUGCCUCAUCGCCCCCGCUGGCUUGAUCCUCUAUGGCUUUACCGCCGAGCGCAAUCUUCACUGGAUAGGCUAUUUCGCGGGCGUCGCCAUGGUCGAUUUCGUCAGCUAUUUCUACUUUUCCUUUGUGCUCGCCUACGCAGUCGAUUCCAUGACUGCCAACACCGCUGAAAUGUUGAUCGCCAUGAAUCUGGGCAAGCAAGCUAUCAGUUUCGGAAUGGGGAUUUAUCUGCUGGAUUGGAUUUUGGAGCAUGGGUAUGCGAAGAUCAUUGGAGGUGCGUUUUGUGCGGUUUUGGCGGUUAACAAUUUGGCGGUGUGUGUUUUCUUGCCGUGGGGUAAGGGGAUUAGGAGAAGGUGGUAUAACAGUUGGUUGGGGGCGUUGCACAAGAAGACGAGUAAGGGGGUGGAGGUUGCUUGA